GCUGAUCAUGUAACGUGUGUGGCUGAAAGAGAGGGAGAAGGCCUGAGACAGAGCCCUGUUAGUGAGCUGCUGAUGGAUAGCGUGGCACUGCGGCAGGGUCCGAGCUGAUGAGGCUAAAAUGCUGAGAUGCUCUUUCGGUGUCCACACAGGCUGGAAAUGCUGAGACUUGAAGAAUGAGACUCUUUGCUCGUGCUUAUUUUCCUAAAGAGUGAUGGAGGUUAGCCUGGAUAAAGGGCACAGACAUUAGCGUGUGGGUCUUUUGCAUUGUGACAAGAACGUCUGUGUUGCAACAGCGCCGACUGAGAACGAGAGGAGACGAGCAGCUCAGCACGGCCGUGUGAUUUAACCAAAACAUCAGAGGACAUUCAGCUGAAGACGGUCUGAACCAGAGGACACGUUUUCUAGCAUAUAUAAUAUUUCAUAUUGUUUUAGAAGCUGACAUCUCCUUUUUUUUUUUUUCUUUUUUAAACUCAAAAACCCCAAUGUUAGUCUGAAGUAUUGGAAAUGAUCGAUGUUUACUUGAUUGUUUGCUAAUCAGCCUGCUUGAGUGUUACAAGAACAAACCUGUAGGACGCCAAGGGGAUUUUUUUUUUGUGAAGAUUUUUGUCUUUCCCUUGCGUCAGCCAAGUUCAGUGAGGGUUUCUAUUGUUUCAUGCGAAGUACAGAUCAAAGCUGUGACUGUUUUGAUGGGAAUUUUUUCUUAGUGUCAGUAACUGGAUAUCUGAAAAUCUAAUUUGGGACAACAGAGCUUUUUUUGUCAUCUGAAGUACACCUUGACAGUCAAAGAGAAGCCUGUCACAGGAGUCUGUAUUGGAAGAUUUUGGUUCAAAAUCAGUCAAACUUUCGACAGAGUUUAAAGCAAAUCAGAUUUUUCCUGGGCAAUGGGAUCAGAAAAAGACUCUGACUCGCCCCAUUCGUCUGUCAGUGGCAUUCCCAAUCCUAAAUGCCGUGGUCCAGGCAAGAAGCAGAGCAGGAUUUCUUUCGCCAACCUCUUUCACAGCAAACGUGGUUCCAGGAGGAGCAAAGCUAAUUCGGGAACACCCUUAGCUCAGCAGCACAACCAGCAACAACAGCAGCUCCUUCAGCCUCCCACUCCUACCGCUGCUUCCCCGGACCCUCUUACUGCCGACACAGCCGAGCCUUUAUCCACCAGCCAGGCCUCUCUGGGAGGACAGGAGCUCCUCGAGUGCCCACUAUGUCUGGUGCGCCAGCCACGGGAUCAGCUGGCAGAGCUUCAGGGCUGCAGUCAUCGCUCUUGCCUUUGCUGCCUGCGCCAGUACCUGCGCAUUGAGAUCACAGAGAGCCGCGUGCAGCUCAGCUGCCCAGAGUGUGCCGAGAGGUUGGCACCCAGGCAGGUGGCACUUAUCCUGGAUGAUGCUGCCCUGUUGGAGAAGUAUGAGGAGUUUCUGCUCAGGCGGUGCCUCGCUUCAGACCCUGACUGUCGCUGGUGUCCGGCUCCAGACUGCGGGUUUGCCGUCAUUGCCUCAGGCUGUGCCAGCUGCCCCAGGCUUGUAUGCCGUAGGGAAGGCUGUGGCGCCGAAUUCUGUUACCACUGCAAGCAGGCCUGGCAUCCGAACCAGACGUGUGACUCGGCCCGGCAGCAAAGGGCACUAUCCCUGAGAACACACAGCAACCACUCACCCAGUUACGCAGCUGAGCAAGGGGCCACUGAUGACAUCAAGCCCUGUCCCCGGUGUGGCGCCUACAUCAUCAAGAUGAAUGAUGGAAGCUGUAAUCACAUGACCUGCGCUGUGUGUGGCUGUGAGUUCUGCUGGCUGUGUAUGAAGGAAAUCUCUGAUCUGCACUACCUCAGUCCAUCAGGUUGUACUUUCUGGGGGAAAAAGCCAUGGAGUCGAAAGAAAAAGAUUCUAUGGCAGCUCGGCACUCUGAUCGGUGCACCAGUUGGCAUCACACUGAUCGCUGGCAUUGCAGUGCCUGCCAUGGUCAUUGGCAUCCCGGUUUACGUAGGAAGGAAGAUAUAUGCUCAUUAUGAGGGGAAGAAGAACUCUCACCACAGGAGGAACCUCGCCAUUACUGGGGGUGUAGCCUUGUCUAUCAUCACAGCCCCGGUUAUUGCAGCUGUCAGUGUUGGUAUUGGCGUACCGAUCAUGUUGGCAUACGUGUAUGGUGUGGUGCCAAUAUCGCUGUGUCGCGGUGGGGGCUGUGGGGUUAGCCGAGGGAAGGGACGAGGUGUCAGGAUUGACUUUGAUGAAGAUGAUGGACCCAUUACAGUUGCUGAUGCAUGGCGAGCGCUGAAGUCUCCCAGCCUUGGUGAGAGCAGCCUAGAGGGAGCAGCCAGUGGCCUUAGCACCACCUCGCCUAGUGAAGGCCUGUCUGUGGCUCCCGGGGGUCUCGCUGACACACCCCACUUCAACACGCUAGCCGGAGGAGCUCUCGGAGCCCGGACAGGAAAAUACAGCAGGCUGGAGGUUCAAGGCACUGAGAUCGGAAAGGAAGGUGUACACAGAGAGACAGGGAGCUUGGGAGCAGCCAGUGACUGUGCAAGCACUCGGGGCAUGGCAGGAUCCAUUACUUCCUCAUACACAAUACCCGAUAGAGAAGGCACAAACCUGGAGAUUCAGGUGGACAUUGAAACCAAACCCAGUCAUCUGUGUUUAACCAGUGAGGAGGAUCUGGCUCCUCGUGCUUGUGCCAUGGCCGCCGCCUCAGCGGAGGAGCCUCAGGACUGCAGCUCUCGCCGAGGGAGGGUUUUAUCCCGCUCGUCUUUGGGGCUGUCAUCAGGAGGCUCGCUCAGAGAGGGGCUCGGUGACGUGACGCUGGCUCAGCCUGAGAGCAUCCGGAGUGACCUGGAGACGUCCGAUACGCAGUCGGAUGACAUCGCCGAGCUCACAUCGGAGGACUGCGACUCUCCUAACCCUCCUCCUCCCCAGCCCACCUGCCGAGCCCAGAACUCCAGCGAUGGUCUGCACUUCCCUGAAAACGUCAUCCUUUCUGUUUGAAAAAAAGGACCAGAGAGCUUUGACUGCUUUUUCUUAUUAUUUUGCUUUUUUUUUUUUAAAUGUUGUUUAGACUGUGAUCAUACUCUUUGGGGAAUUUGGUGGCAUGGGUCUGCCUGUUGAUCUGUCCGUCUUGCCUAAAUUACUGACAGGGCUCUACCUCUAUGGUUCAUACUGUUAGUCAUUCAAAAAAUGCCUUGGCUUUUGAAGCAAAAAUAAGUUAACUACACCAUUGCCACAAGAAUUCCUGUCAGGAGGGACAAAAGAAAAAUAAUGCCAGACAAGUAAUACUGAAAAUAGUAUAAAGCACACGUAUAAUUUGUGAGGGACUCUGGAAAGGGUCUAUAUAUGGACUGUAAGGGGUUUAAAAAAAUGUAUGUUGGGAGUGUGUGGGUGUCCUUUUUUUAAUGAUUAUUUAUAACAAACCUGGAAAUUGUAUAAUUUGCUGUAUGCAUGUGUAUGUAUGCAUGACCCACACUUGUGUAUGAGGAUACAAGUAUAGUAUGUAGUAGUCGCACUGACCAAGUUUGCACAGUGAUGAGGUGUAAACAGGCCUACACAGGAGUCUCACCUGCACAGAGAAUGAUGAUCAGUGAUGGAGAGGCACUUUUAUGCACUGUAAAAAAAAAUCUUGUCAAAUUUACAGUGAAAAACUGGCAGCUGUGGUUGCCAUUUUUUCACCGUAAAAAACACAGUGACAGUGUAUAUGGCUUUACGGUAAGGUAUAUCAACACUUGUAAAAACAACAGUUUGAAAAUGUUAAAUUUUACAGGUAUUCAAUGUACAAUAAUCAGUACAUAACUGUUAAUUUUACGGAUAUUCAUUGUACAAUAAACAAUGAUGGUUACAAGCAAUGAUCUACUAGACAGAUAUAUAUAUAUUUAGAAUUUUUUUGGGCUUUUUUCACCUUUAUUGGAUAGGACAGUGCAGAGACAGGAAAUGAGAGACAGGGAGGGAUCGGGAAAUGACCUCAGGUCGGAAUUGAACCCAGGUUCCCAGAUUCAUUGCAUGACACCUUAGCUGACUGAGCCACAAUGGUGGGCAUGUUUUUGUUUUUUUAACAGGGCAAUGAUGUAAUUUUAACCAUCACAUUCUGUUUUAGUCUUACAGUUUGUCUGUGUUUAAACUACAACAAUUUGUAAAUUAUACAAAAAAAUAUGAUCAAUUCAACAUAUUCUUACUGUUAAAUUAACAGUGGCAUUUGGUUAGGAGUUUUACAGUAUAUUGAUGUAAAUUACACACUGCUUCAUUGUUUUUGUAUUUACAGUUUUUUUAUGUCAUGAUUUUACAUAAAUUCACUGUUAAUUCUACAGACAUUUUUUACAGUGUGUAAGGAACAAAACACAAUCAUGCGAAAUAAAUAAUGGGGGGGCAUCGGCCCAUGACCACCCCAAAGCUGAUUUUAUUUUCCUAUCAAAGGACCUCCUGAAUAAUUGUAUUCCUCUUAUACCACAGCAAUUUGCCAACAAUUACGAUUUUUCAUUUAUUUAACGAAUGACAUGCUUUUUAUCCAUUUCUAGUUACAUUUAAUGUGAUGCGUCAUCUCUGAAACAGCUUAGUUUGUUCUGAAGACUUUUCCUGUGUUGGAAAACUAUGGUGAAAAGGAAGGGUUUUAGAUCUGCCUUUUAACACCGGGGACUUUAUUUUUUCCCAAAAUUGCUGGAUGAACAGUUCACCAGAUCAACAAUUGUUAUUUUAAAAUCUGUUGAUGUGGCGUGCCUGUCAUACAAGUUUUUACUGUGAACUGUGAUACGAUACCAUAUUAGAACGAGCUGCUUCUGACCAAUCAGACUGAAGAAUUUAGCACGGCUGCGGUUUAAAGAAGAUUCAUCACUUCACAAGCAGACAGUUCCACCUUGAUCAUUGUCUGCCUGCCUUAGAGAUCUCACGCUCUCCAUCACAUUCUCAGUUCCUUUCCCAUUGACAACACUAUGUGUGUGUGUAUGUGUGUGUGUGUGUGUGAAAUUAUCUGAGAGUUUGUAUUAAAUAGCAGAGUUAAAGCAUCAACAGUCACACCGACCAUUUGAUGCACUUUUUUUGUAAUAAAGCCUUGUAUUAUCAUGGACUCCCUGCAACGUGUUUGGACUUGAGCGUUUCUGAAUAAUAAAUGAAAUCAAAUCAUCAGCUUCUUGCACUUUAUCCCAGUAUUUGUCAUUGCCCUGAAAGCUAGUCUUACCUGUGUAUUUAGUAUCCAUCUGGUUCAUUUCCCCCCCCCCCCCCCCCCCCCCCAAAAAAAAAGAAAAAUGACAAAUAAUUUGAUUGUAUAUUAUCUGUUUGUUAUAUUAUUGUGGAAUGUAAUGAAAUAUUUUUUUCCAUAUGCUGCAUUUCUGCUUCUUAUGUGUCUUCAAUUAUAAAAACCUUAAUCAUAAA